GUUGUUAAUUGUUAUGCCUUAAAAUGAAGGCAGAGCAAAAGAAGGAAUCAGCCAGCCUGUUUUCAAAAACCUUAUAGCUGUUCUGUUCUUUCCAUCUUCUUUCUCAUCCCCCAUUUCCUUCAUACAGUCCCUCUCUCAUUCUCUCUCCUCUAAACCGACACUCUCUCUCUCUCCUCAAAAAAAAUCCAAAAAAAUGAGCUCAAUUGUUCAAACAAUUCAACAUAGAACUACAAACAAAUCCUUACCAAUUUCAUCAUCUCCUUCAGAUAAUAAUCAACCAUCUUUAAGAAGAAGACUUUCUUCUCUUUCUCUUAAACUUCACCCUUCUAUCUCUUCUUCUCCUGCAACUUCAUGGGCUUUACACAGGUCCAAAUCUCUCUCCUCCAUGGGAGAAAAUGCUGGAAGUUCCAUCAAGAAAUGGUGGGAUUUGGGCUGGGCUUGGGUUCUUUCUAGAAAGCCCACUUUUGUUCAAGAUCUGGAAAUGAAUGAAGAGGAAAAACAUGUUCUUGGGUUUCAUAAUAGAGGGAAUUUAAGACACCUCUUUUUUAAGGUUAAAUCUGAGGUUAGGAAACUUUUGAGAUAUGAUGAUAUGUCUCUUCCUCAAACUUUUAAUAAGUAUGAUGGGAUCAGAAGAACUUCUACUUUUGCUUGAGAUUUUUUUUUUUUUUUGUUUCAUUUAUUGCAGAUUUUUUUAAUAAAGAUUAGUUCUUUAUUAUGAAUAAUCAAUGUAUUUUAUGUGCUACUUAUGGGUUUUUGGGGGGGAUUAAUUUGGGAGGUGAAAAUUAUAAGAAGAUUUCACAAAAUGGUGGGUGAUUUGGAGGUAGGUUUUUGAUGGGUAAAUAGAAGAUUAUUAUAUUAUUAUUUGUAGUAGUAAGUAUUCAUUUAUGUUACUUUAUUUAAUUUGUUGUUGUUUGGGGUAGAAUUAUUUGGUAUUGUAGUGUAAUUUGUAAAGUUUUUUUACACGUAAUUAAUAUGGGUGUACGUUCUUAUUA